CUCAUUUGCUGACCCCUUCCUCUCCCAGCACGAGAUUCCUUUUGCUUGAUCCCUUUCCUCUCCCCGACCGAAAGGCCGGCGGCGCUAUGGCCGGUGGCAACCUGGCGGCGGCGUGGGAGCUCACCGUGCUGUUUAUCCUCCGCCCCUUUCUUGCCGUUGCCUUCGUCAUCUCCUUCAUCGUACUCAGCUGGUACGUGGCGUGGAGGACGGUGCUGGUGCAUGUCCCACUUGUGCAGGAGAUUACCGGACUGCGCCGGAAGAAGCCCGUCAAGCCCAAGCCCCUCAACCGCGGCCGCAUCGCCAGGUUCUACGAGUCGCAAGCCCAGAGGAACAGUAAACCAGAAGGGACCUCUUAAGGAAUAAACUUUGGCACUUUGCAAGAAGCACCUUCAGACCACAGCAUCUGAAUCCCGCCCCUCCAAUUUAGGAUGUUGUACUGCCAAUAAAUGGCAGAAUUGUUUUUCUUUUUGUAGGCAGAUCUCUACAUAUUUAGAUUCCAGCCCCAAAAUACACAGUAUCUUAUCCUUUGUGCGCUGCACAGUGUAAAGUCGACGAUCAUGUAAAACUAAAUUGUAAAUAUGAUACACCUGUACGAGAAUAAAGAGAACCACUUGUCCUCUGGAA